AUGGCUUCUUCCUUGGAAAGUCUCCCCAAUGAGUUGUUGGACCAGAUCAUCUCCCAUCUGGCGACAGACCCUCCGUCGUGGAUCCGAUGUCGCCAGGAGCCAGAUGCCUCGAUCACCAAGUCCGUCAAUAAGAGCCUCAAACAUCUGUCGGUAGUAUCGAGGGGCUUCACCAAUCUGAUUCGGCCUUGGCUCUUCGCCCAUGCGUGCUUAGACUUCGCAGAUGAACCCGCGUUUAGUACGUUCAUGGUGAAAUCGGGUCUUUGCCAGAAUGUGAAAUCCCUGGUAAUCUGUGUGUUGGAUGAUGCAGAUGUACAGUUACGGGUCAACCAAGGCUGGUGCAAGCGAAUCUUUGGCUACUUGGAUCCCAUUCGCAUCACCGUGGUCGCGCCACCACGCACGAUCGGAAGGAUGCUCAAUACGAGGAUUGAUGAGCGACAUAGUUGGGCAUUUGAUAUCGGAUUGCAAAGCCUCCAAUUGGAGUGUGCCGGGCCUCGAGCCGCAUCCCACUGGCAGUUGCCCGCCAUCUCACCCGGGGCCGGGUUACUCGAGAUGCGCCCCUGGACCUCAUUCUGUUUCCAUGAGGGCUCUUCCUUGAAAGCCUACAACCACUACGAAUAUUUCCUCUCCAACGUUCCAUCACUCCUGGGAAACUGGGGAAGGGCGCUGAAAGAAGAGAAUAAGGUUGAGAUCCCCUCGGCGCUCGAAACGAUUCGUUCGUUCUCUUACACGGCCAUCUUCCCGUUCUACAACCAUGUAGACCUAGUUCUCACGGUCAUAUCUGCCAUGACUCGACUCGAGACUCUUAGUAUACAAUUAUCCCCAGACAAAAAUAAUCAUGCAACCGAGCUCGAGCAACGUGGAUCUAUGGAUCCACAUGACCCUUGGAUGGAGUUGGAAACAUCCUAUACCCUGAUCGGCUUCAGUAUCGCCAUGUUGGCCUCCCUCAGGGAAUUCCGAAGUCUAGAUUUUCAUAUACCAGCUAUCCAGCCGGAGAUCAUCAGAGCCAUGGAGGAGCACCUCGGCUCGGAUUGGUCUCGUCAUAACAGCGGGAAGAUCUCGGGAUCGGACAAACAGGCGCCGUUUGGCCCUCCUUCGAGUUCAAGUUCCCCACACCCCAGCACUCUGGCCCUACCAAGUCACAUCAAGAAGGUCUUGGCGCACAACCUCUUACGCCCAGUCUCUCGGGCCAGCGAGCCGACAUCUUUACUAGAUGAAGAAGGGAGCACCAAUGGCUGGAACUUGAGAGAAGAUCUAGAUAUCGGUUUUCAAGAUCCCACUCGAGGCAUCUUCCGGUCUGGGGCUGUCAUCGGAUUCUCCAGGCUGAAGACCAGAAGCAAGGAUAGCGAUGAAUAUAUUGGACAGAUCCCACGCUAUCUCCUAACAACUCACUUGCUCAACACUUGUACAUCUACAUCAUCUGAGCCAAGUACAUUCAUCAUCCACCCAAAUAGCUUUGAGGCCUUCGCCCCCCGGACGUUGCUCAAUGCUCUUCAAAAUGCCCCGGGUCAUCCUGGCCUAUCGAGGACUGAAGCCAUGAAAUGCCUCGACACUGUACAAUUACUUCCUGUGCACAAUUUUCCUAACGCUGCGCAAGCCAUCGGGAGGGUUUCAGAAUCACUCCAAGCAAUCCAAGAGCGGCGACAGGGAUCGCCCGGUGCAGAAAAUCCCCACCAGCCUGUGGUGAUGAUCGUGGUCGGUCUGGACACUCUCGCUGAGGGAGUUGUCCGAACCUCAAACCCUGUCCGUGGAACGGCCUUCUUGGCUGCAACUCUACGCAACUUGACUCACAUGUCUCGAGCAUAUACGCCUUGGCUUUCUAUUCUCCUUCUGAACACAAACGGUCUUGGGCCGGCAUUUGUAGAAUCCGCUCCGCAACACUUGGGUUCAAACCAGGCCAGAAGCUCCAACGAAGAAAACACGAGAUCAUCGCCAGAUGAUGGCAUCCACUCUAUCUUCCAGAUGCCUGGCUCUUCGCUCCUGUCGAACCUCCUAAUGAGAACCCUAGACCAAGGCAUUGAUACGCAUAUCUUGCUAUCAGAUGUGAAAGCGGCCUUAGUGGUGGAGGUGAUCAAAGACCGUGUCGGCGCAGGACUCGGGAAAUGGGGAAUAUGGUCUCCCAGGAGAUAA